UAAAUCGUUCAUCUAUUAAUUCAGAAUCGGAAAUACGAAAGUAAACGCUGUCUUGGACCGUAUUUAUCUUUUGUGUGAUUAUAGUGUUAAUACAUAAAGUAAAUCGUUAAAACUCUUCCAGUUUUUUAAUUCGGGACGUAAAAUGGCUAUGCAACCUCAUAGCAAAAAGAGAGUGUGCUAUUAUUAUGAUAGUGAUAUUGGCAACUAUUAUUAUGGGCAAGGACAUCCCAUGAAACCACAUCGCAUACGCAUGACACAUAAUUUACUGUUGAAUUAUGGUUUAUAUAGAAAAAUGGAGAUAUAUCGACCUCACAAAGCAACUGCCGAUGAAAUGACUAAGUUCCACUCAGAUGACUACAUACGCUUCCUUCGCUCCAUCAGACCAGACAACAUGUCCGAAUACAAUAAGCAGAUGCAAAGAUUUAAUGUCGGUGAAGACUGUCCAGUGUUUGAUGGUCUCUAUGAAUUCUGUCAGCUGUCUGCUGGUGGCUCAGUUGCUGCUGCAGUCAAGUUAAAUAAGCAGGCAUCAGAAAUCUGCAUCAACUGGGGUGGAGGGCUGCAUCACGCUAAAAAAUCUGAAGCAUCUGGUUUUUGCUACGUAAAUGAUAUUGUACUCGGCAUUUUGGAGUUACUCAAAUACCACCAGAGGGUGCUGUACAUCGAUAUUGAUGUGCACCAUGGAGAUGGAGUGGAGGAAGCCUUCUACACAACAGACAGAGUCAUGACAGUCUCGUUCCAUAAGUACGGAGAAUAUUUCCCUGGAACAGGUGAUCUUCGUGACAUUGGAGCAGGUAAAGGCAAAUACUAUGCGGUCAACAUCCCAUUACGUGACGGCAUGGACGACGAGUCCUAUGAGUCUAUAUUUGUGCCAAUCAUCUCUAAAGUUAUGGAGACAUUCCAGCCUAGUGCUGUUGUGCUGCAGUGUGGUGCUGAUUCACUUACAGGUGACAGACUGGGAUGUUUCAACUUGACAGUGCGUGGUCAUGGGCGAUGUGUGGAACUUGUGAAGAGAUUUGGUUUACCAUUCCUGCUGGUUGGUGGGGGAGGAUACACAAUUCGUAACGUAUCACGUUGUUGGACGUACGAGACAUCAGUCGCCUUGGGCGUUGAAAUAGCAAAUGAACUACCCUACAAUGACUACUUUGAAUAUUUCGGGCCCGACUUCAAGCUACACAUAUCACCAAGCAACAUGUCCAAUCAAAAUACGCCAGAAUAUUUGGAAAAAAUCAAGAAUCGACUAUUUGAAAAUCUUCGCAUGUUACCGCAUGCGCCAGGAGUACAGGUACAAGCCAUUCCUGAAGACACUGUUAAUGAUGAGUCAGAAGAUGAAGACAAAAUUGACAAGGAUGAAAGAUUGCCUCAAAGUGAAAAGGACAAGCGCAUCACGGGUGAGGGCGAGUUGUCGGACUCUGAGGACGAGGGUGAGGGCGGGCGCAGAGACAACAGGUCGUACCGCGCGCCGCAUCGCAAGCGGCCGAGGCUCGAUAAAGACGUCGCUAAGGAUGAUGUUAAAGCUGAAGACAACAAAGACGAUGUUAAGAAUGUAGCGACAUUGGAGGAACCAAAGAAAGAUCUGCCGCCCAAUGCCUGAUGCGUGCGUUGAAGGGAAUAGCGUGACUGUCUGAGUGUUCAGUGAAAAGUGAAUAUGUGUACAAGUCGGUUUUGUGAUACACAACUCGAAACUAGUGUUUGAAUUAAGGUUUGGUUUUCAUGAGUUUGGAUCGAGUUUAUGGACACAUCAUUUUUUGUUUGUAAAUUUUUGUCUUGUAAUAUAAAUCAAUAUGUUAUACAUACAGUUUUUUGGUUCUGUACCUUUGAUCAUGGAUUAUCAAGUCAAUUAAUUAAAAAUUCCUGUUAAAUUAAACAUAGGUAGUAUUGUAUACACUAGAUUUAAAUUGCUAUGUCUAUAUUCUAUUGAAACUCAUGAUUACCCUAUAAUAAAAAUGUAAAAGACUGCUAAAACUGGGUUUUAUAAGUUCCAUAGUUAGAGGCUGUAAACUACGGCUAAGAUGCACACAAUGUUUGAUCUCAAAUUCUUUUAGGUUAGUCUGUAUUAAUUUAAAUAAUAUAACAAAUCUACUAAUUGACCUUAAAAUAUAAUAAUUGAUUAUUUGUAAAACAUUUUUUAAAAACUAGUGUGGACAAUUAAUAUCUUUUCCAGUGUUACACCUAAAAAAAAUAAUAAAAAUAAGUAUGUACCGUUUGGACAUUUAAUAUUUUUUCUGGUGUUACACCUAAAGAAAAUUUAAAAAAAAUAAGUACAUACCAUUUUUUGAUGAAUUACUAAUUUAAUUUUAAUAAUUAUAGGUGGAGUUUAUGACUGUAUAACCCAGUUUUUGCCUCAAUAAAAAAUCACUUAUACUUGAUUGUUAAAUAAGGAAUCAGUAUUUAUUUAUAGAAAGAUAAAUAAUGAUUAUUUUCGCAUUUAUUCUACAUUUUAUAUUUAUUUAAAAGAUUUAACAAUCAGUAAAUUUGGCGUGAUUAUAAUGCUAAUAAGAGGUAUAAGUGAUUUGAGUAUGUAGGAGUUGUGUGGUUCAUCUAAAUGUCAUAAUGGGUGAAUGAAACUUUUGUAAUUUAUUAUGAUAUGUGUUGAACUUUUCCCGUUCUUUCUAUGCAAUGAUUGCAUAUUUCUUCCUUGUAAUGUCUUUAAUUGUAAGUAAUGUUAGGAUAUUUUUCAUUGAUGUAUACUUUAUUUGUAAUUUUAUCGUAAUAUCACCGUUUGAAAUUACAAAUAUUAGUAUAAAACCGUAAUAAGUAGUGUUUAUAACAAUUUGAUAAAUCAAUUGUAGUAAUUUCAUUUUUAUUAAAAUCUGGCCUACUUAAUAGUUAAAAUUAUGUAAAUAAUCAAUUAUUUACACAAUCAUACAUAAGAUCUCGAAUCAAUGAUUUUUUAAUUGAUAUAAAUUUCUCAGUUUUGUACAGUUAAUUGAGUGAUGAGUGACUAAAAUAGCAUCAAAAUGUGAAAGAAUAAUUUUUAUUAUUAAUAUGUACACAUUUAAUUAA